AGUGAAAGUUAUUGUUUAUGCUAUCUAAGUAAAAGAAUUUCGAUUCAAGGAGACAUGUUAUUAAUAUCCACUAAAUUAAUAUUUUUUAUUUUUUAGAUAUUUUUUUGCUAUGCUAUAUAAUAUAUUUCACAUAGUCUAUACUACAUGAAAUGGCCUUAUUUGAAAAAUUUUAUAUUUUAAAGAUUAUUUUUUAGCGCCUCUUUUACUGUUUCUGUGGUCAAAUCACUUUUAUUGUUAUAAAACCUUGGUAUAUGAAGAAUAUAAGCAACAAGAUUUUAGUAAUAUCCAAAUCCGUUAGUCAGUCACAGUCAAGAGUAGCAAUAAAUGAUCUCAUUUUCAAAUUAGUUAUUUUCUUAUUUACGAUUGACUGAUUUUUUAUUGCUUACGUUUUUCUAUAUGCCAUCCGUUUUAUAUGAUCCAUUUACGAUCAACAUUAUUGUAUUGCAAUUAUUGGGCGCGUUCAGCGGAAAAAGCGCGUUCAGCGGAAAAAGCGCUCAGUGAGCAAUCAGCGAUUAUUGGUUCUUACUGUUAGAUCCCUAAAUCUAAAUCAAUUACAUUGACGAAUUACUCAACUGUUGUGCAACUGUUGAGUUCGCUGAACGCACCCAUUAUCGACAGUUGAUAACGCACUUUGCAUUCAAGAGAUAAAUGAGCCGCGAAGUUAGAGAUGGCGCAUUAAUCUUCAUCCUUCGAUAUCUUUCUUUUUAUAUUUUUUUUUACGUACAAUUAAAAGAUACCUUUUCAAACAGAAAACGACUUUUUGUUAACGACGAUAUAUUUCAUUGUACUCGAUAUUUCGUGACGUUUGCAAAGUGUCUAAUAGACUUUGCAGAAUUUUUCCGCCUCCUGUUUAUAAAGCGGCACACUGAUUGGCUAUCGCGUAGUCUUUUGUCACGCGACAGGCAUUGCCACGUUUUAUGUGCAAGAGCUAUAAAAUAAUUAUCUGAGGGAGAGCUACUCCAGGAAAUCGCGUUGACUUUUACACUCAAUUUUGAUUAAUGAACAAUUAACCACCAGAAUUGAUUAUAUAUGAGAAAGAAAUUUUAUUAUUAACCCUUAAGCACUGACAGGAGUCUGAUAAACUCCUGAUGAAAUAAAAAAACCUAUUGCUGUUUCACUCCUGUUUAAGCGUGUACACAUCGCGUCCAUCUUUGGCCCGUAAAAUACGAAGUGGCGACAAGGAAAGACAUUUCGCGCACUUUCUCAAGUAAUUAUUAAACUUCGAAAUAUUCUUGUAGAUCUGUGAUGUCAGUGCUUCUUGUGAUUCUUGAUGUCAGUGCUUAAGAGUCAAAAGACAAGGAAGAAAAUGUCCUUUUUUUUAUAAACAGUACCCAAAUUACCAUUUUUCUCAGACAAGUGUUACCCGAUCUACUUUACUAAUACAUAUAGAGAACUGUUACUCUUUCGAUUAUCAAUAUAUUACACGACUUACAAUUAGCAAUUCUAUCAGUCAAUUGGUUUUUAAAUAUCAGUUGGUUUGAUAAAAAAUUUGAGUCAAAAUUGCACUUCGAGGUGACGUGCUCGCGUAUACCGAUAAGGCGAAAUUACAGACGAAAAUGUGCCGCAGUCUCUAUUGGCCUUCUUCUAUUGGUUAUCUUUUUCGCCGGGGCCCCCCUCCCCACCCGACCACCCACAUAGAUCCGAUCCUGAACUCGAGAGAACAUCAACAAUCUCUCCCCUCUCCGACCCUGCCACCCCCUAGCGGAGCCAGAAGCACCUGUUGCUCGUCUACCUGUUUUACUCGCGCGGCGGCUCUGCUCGUCAGUAACAGUCAGAACGUCGUGCGGGUGGUGUUACGGCGAGCGGAGAGCGCACAGCAGCAGGCUGUUUUCCGAGUCGUCGUGAAAACCCGUGGCGAGCGAGCGUGCGUACGGAUUCGUACGUGAUUUCUGUGCGUUCCGACCGGUGGAGGAGCGCGUCGCCGGGCGAAGCGAACGAGAGCACACGAGGAGAAUCUCGUCAUCGCGAAGCUCACAUUCGUGCCCGUCGACGUCGUCGGCUCAUCACCAUUCCGUUUCUCGUGGCGAAUAACGCGAGAAACGCCGAUCGGCGUCGUACGCGUGGAUUCUCGUUGCGCGCGACGCACUUGACGCGAAGCGCGCGCGCGUGCGCCAGUGCCGCGCCGUUCGUUUGAAGGCGACGUGAUUUCGCGGCAAAAACAGCAACAACCGCGGCAGCAAUCGACGGCGGCGAGUGUUUCUUGUUGAGUUCGCGUCGAUCUGCUGAGAUCGCCCGUCGACGUCGUCGACUGCUGGAUAUCAAAACGAGGAAGAAACGGCUAGAGGCGUGAAGAGGGACGCGCGAGGCAAACGCACGGUAUACACGGUGAACCGGCGAGCGUGUCGUCACAUUGCGUUUCAUCUGGCUAAAGUUUCGUUCAGGCGCAAAACUAUGCGGCCGAAUUGACGACACGGCGAAGAAGAGAAAAGGAGGAGAAGAAAGAGAGAGAGAGAGAGAGAGAGAGAGAGAGAGAGAGAGAGAGAAAGAGACCGAGUGUGUGAGUGAGUGAGUGUGUACGCGCGCGUGUGCAUGUAUAUGAAAGAAGGAGAGCGAGAGAGCGAGAGAGAGAGAAAGGCGAAAGAGAGAGGUAGAGCGAAAGCGAGUCGCAGAGGCAAGUCGCGGCAAGAACGCCGACGACCGGUCGAAGCAGCGCGAGAAUAUGCGAGAGAGGCGAGCCUAAGCGCGAACCAUGGAGGACGCAGCAGCAACGGCAACAACAGCAGCGCAGGACGCCUGCUUCGGAGCGGGCAGCGUGGCCGGGGCCGUGAUCGGGACCUUUCUGACGACGCUCGUUCUGCUCGCGGUCGCGGCGCUUCUCUACAGGCAGUGGCGCAGGCACAAGGGUAAGCACUUGGUGCUGGUGACGGAUCCCGAGAUCGUCGAGGAUGCGUACGCCUUCGACAAUCCUUGCUUCAAGGAUGCCACGCCCGCGGUCGGUCGCGUCACGGAGAGACCGUUGUCGGCUGUGCCUGGCGACACACCCGCCAAGGAUUCCACGCGAUGGUCCACACCUUGGACCUCCCUGGGUCUCGGAUCGGCCAUCCGCAACGACAAGCGCCGGACACUCGAUGAUUCCUACGUCGGCCCCAAGGCCACCAGGGUCAGCGUAGUCAGCCUGCGUAGUCGUGACUUCACUGGACUGGGUUUUAACGUGUGCGGUAACAUGAGGGAGGGCAUCUUCGUCAAGGACCUGCUGCAUCGCGGCCCCGCGUCCGAGUCCGGACUAAUACAUCCUGGCGACCGUAUCUCCAGCGUGAAGAUCAGCUUCCGCAAUAUGGUAUACGAGGACGCGCUGACGAUCCUGAGCUACGCCUCGCCAUACGACGUGGAGCUGGAGGUCGAGAGCGGCGGCAACGGCUCGAAGCCGACGACGCUGCUGAAGAAGAGCGUCGGUCCCAGCUCGACGAGGAUAUGCCAUCCUCUCUACAGGAGCCAAUCGAUUCCGGAGCUCUCACAGGCCCACAAGAGCGUGGCGAAGCGACUCUUCAUGGCCGAUCCGAACGACUCCGUGGGUUCCAACUACUCGACGAUGAACUCGACUCAAAAGUCGUCCAAGUCGACUCCCGCCAGCAACCAGAGCCUUGAGAGGCGUCACGACGAGACGAAGAACAAUCAUCACCACAAGUUCGGUAUCAAAGUGCUGCCGGCGCUCGACGGCACCGUGCACCGUAUCGAAAAUCAAAACGAGCACAACACGAAUCUGGAGAGAAGACACUCGCGAAAGAUGGACGCGGAGAAACUGCUGGUGGCGAAUCGCCACUCCACGACGUCGAGCGACACGCCGUCGGACGACAGGAAGAUCUACAAUGAAUCCUUCCAACAACGUGAUGAUCCGACGAGAAUCGCCGUUGAACGGAACGUCGACGAGUCGGACAAAGACAGUGGCAAGAACACGAGCGAGACGAUCAACAUACCGUCCGAGGUGCCGGCGGAGGUGCACAACGCGGCCAUGGCGGCGCGCAGAAAUCGCAAGAGUUAUCCGGAGACGCUCAAGACCAGCUCGUUGGAGUCGGAGGGCGCCAAGAGUCCGCAGAAGAACAAGCGGAAGGCGCCCGCGCCUCCGAAAAAUACCGUUGAGGCUGCGCCGACUGCGAAAAAGGACGCAAUGAUCGACACCAUCGACAGCAUCGCCGAUUACACGGAGUCGUUAUGCAACUACGUGAGCAAGGUGCGCGAUAAUGGUGCGGCGGACCGGCAACACCGUCUGGAGAGCCAGUCGAUGGCGAACAGACGGAACUCCGAAUCGGAUACCGACAGCGAGAUGCAGAACAGCUUCACGACGAUCGAGCUGAAUCCGGCGGACAUUACGAUUCAUCGUACGCCGGUGCCGGAGGCAAACGACGACGAGGAGGACGAGGACGACAUGUAUAGGAAAGCGGCCAGCUUGGGUGAUCUCUCUAAGUACGAGAGCAAGACUGCCGCGACCUUGGAGAGAGCACAAAGUCUCGACAUGACCGCCGACACCAGCGCGAAGAAGCGCAAGGCGCCGUUGCCGCCGGAGGACAUCAACGAGUCCACGGAGGACCUCACCAGGCUCGACCAAAUCGACACGUUCGACCGGCGGAAGCUGAAGAAGUCCAACGAGUGGGGCACUCUAGAGGAUGUGAUCUGGAGCGAGAAUACCGUCGCCUCCGCCGAGGCGGAUGAGAAGACGAAGAAUACGCGGACGAGGAAGAGGAGCAACGGUACCUUAGAACGCUCCAAGUCCGCGGUGGAGAUCAAACUGAAGGAUGAAGUCCCUGCGACAACAGUAGCGGUCGAAAAACAAGUCGACGUGGAUGACGAUGACGAUAAUUCGGAUCGCGAGGUCAGCAUCGAGCUGUACAACUUGCCGUUGAGCAAGAGACUGACUCAGGAGUUUAUUCACGCGGAACGGGCGUUCAAUCCGGACGCGGAUAACUCCUUGGCGAGAAUCGUGAACGACGGCGAAGUUGUGAAGAGCCCGACGCCGGAGGAAGUGGAAUUGAACUUCCAGUUGGCCGAUGAGGUACGGUCGGUUGAAGGGGAGAAACGUGGAGAAGAAAUCGGGAACGGAGCGCCGGAGAGUGGCGUGUCGGAGAAGUCGGAAGACUUCAGCCGCGCGUUGCGCUACUUCGAGAUGCACGCGAGCGCGUCUCCGACGCCGUCCUCCGAGUCAACGAGGGUCAGCCUAUCGCGAUCGGAAGACUGGAAAGAGGAGAGAGCACCCAUGGUGAACGAUGCAUCGCUCUACUCUGGUAAACAACUGGCCGCGGAAGAGCCGAUGUCGAAGGUGAUCGUGGAGAGGGGUUGCCGCGGCUGUCAUGACAGAUGCGCUCGACACAGCGUCGAUUGCGACCGCGAGAAGGUCAAUGGACAACGUCGUGCGACUCCUACGCGAACAUCGGUAGGCAGCGCGACGUCGACGGACUCGUCGUCCGCGAGAGAGAACGCGGAAAGAGAAACGGAACGGACGUCUACACCGACGCAUCUGCGAGUUCACGCGUCAAAAGCGGAAGGAAUCAACAGACAGAAGUCUAGGGAGGAUCCGUGGGAAGAAAACGCGGACAAGAACGGAGGUGCCUUCUCCACGUUUCAAGCGCACCGGACCAAGUUCGAGCAGCGAACGGCGGAACACGACAGGAACUCGUCGGCGACCAAGUCCAAGUCGCUAACCGAUGUCACGUUCGAUACGCACUUCGCCAGACGCGUGAUCAACAUCUCCGAGAACGAGAGCGGUAAUCGCGACGGGAACGAGGACGACGUGGUGGAGGACGAGGACGAAUACGAGUUCGGCGGAGGCGCGGGGUUAAGGACGAACAACAGGAAUCUGUUCUCGCCAAAGGAAGAAGACCGUCGCAACGCCAGCAACGUCAGCAACGUCAGCGUGUCGAGCGGCGAGAACAGCGAGGACAGCGGUUUGGUGAGAGAGUCGAUGGACUAUCAUCCACGGGACUCGGAACACCGUUCGUCCUCGUCGUCGCCGAACGCCAGCCAGAAGGCGACCUACAUUACGGAGAUCAAGGUUUCGUCCAAUAGGGAAGGCGUUCGCGAAGCCGACAACGAGAACGAAGAGAUGACCACCAGCACUAUCACCAGUACUACGGAGAGCAGCAACGGUAGCGAGUCACGGAAGUCACUGGUGCAACGAGACAUCAAGGUAACGUCCAACGGUAAGCCCAUAUCCGGCAAAAAGCCACCAGUACCCCCAAGGCGAUCGGACAUCGCGAAGAGCCCGAGGGACGAGCGAACGAGCGACAAGCAUGUCGUCUACGUGUCCGAGUACAAGUCGGCGAACGCGGCUAAGGGCCCGCAGAUCUUGGACGCGCAACCGUCGGAGAUGAAGCAGUCGGAGAACGCCGGGAAAAAGUUCGAGCAUUGGAUCUUCGUGGCCGACAAAGAGCAAAGUCGCUGGAGCGCCGCCGCUGCCGGUCAACCGCAGCCAGUGACGAACAUCGUCCUGUCAUCGAGGGACGAUGCGAACUAGAGUAUUCGUCAUCUGAUUUCGAGUGACGUUGUUAAGAACACGAUAGCUUCUCUGGAAUCGCGAGUUCGCAGAACGAUAUUAUCAUGUUGACACUUGGAGGAGUACUGUCCCUAGUUUGCUCACGUUUUGCGACUAACUACAGACUCCUCCCCUCCCCCUCUAAUUGAACGAUUACAACGUUAUGAUGUCUCACGAAUGUCAAAUUGACUUUCAAGAUCUAUUGGUUCGUACGCAGACUGCCGUGGAGGUCACCGGUGACCGAUGCCGCGUUUCACUCAUUUAUAUUUCAAAUAUGAUCAAUUACAUGUAUGACGAAUUAAAUAACAAAUUGUAUGAAUUGAAAGAGAGAAGAUUAUUCACCAUAUCUUUGAAUUCACCAUCUUUUGAACUUCAAUUGAGAUAAGUAAUAGAAAUUAGCGUGGCAGUCGGCGUGUUAAGCAACGUAAUACGGGUCCAGAGCUUCUUUGGAAGAAGUGAAUCGUUUUUUAUGAGAGAUUCCUCGGGAAUCGAGCCAAAUCAUAACUGUGUUAUGAUAGUAUAAUCGUAACAUUUUGUAUCUUUUAUUUCACGAAUUAGUGUCGCCUCGAUAAUUGUCACUUAGGAACUCGUGCACUCCUGACACACUCCCUCUAAAAUCAGUCUUGGCGGAAACGAUGCGAGAGAUUAAUCGAGGAUAUAUAUCAUGUGAGAGCACACGAGAGACGAUCGCAAGAAUGCUUGAGAGACUACGUGCCAUAAAGAGUGACUACGAUGGGCAGGAAUGAUUUGUAUGGAAGCCGAACUGCGGCACUGUUUGUAUUAUGAUCGUAAACUGAUCUUGUCGAAUCAAUCGAGUAAUCUUGAAAAUUGUACACAUUCACUCUUAUGAUUGUAAUUGUAUGUAAAUAUAGGCCAGUGUAGUUUGGAUUCGUGUAAUCAUUACUAUUAGUAAUUAUCCCCUACGAUAUCAAAGAUAUCGCAUGUUUCAUAUUGAGGUAACAUUUUUCUCUCUUCCUACUUUGAAUCAAAAUAAUUUUUAACUGAAUCAUUUGAAUCAUUACUUCUUUGUCGCACGCGUAUAUAUUAUAUAGGUUCUUUCCAUCGUUGCUUUUAUAUAUCCGUGUCCUCGUAUUUUGUGUUAUUUUGCGUAUUUUGCAUUAAAUGUGAUUUUACCAUUCUUUUUAAAGUAGAUUGGACAUUAUUAUAUCACAUAGAAUCAUAGCUCGGAAUGUGACGAGCACAUUUAAUGCUAGAUACGCAGUGGAAUAGAGUUGCAUAUAUACAUCUGUUGUAACUCUAAGAUGUUAUACCGUAUAAAUUUUCUUUAAUAAUAAGUCGUUAAUGUAUAAAAAUUUAAGCAAGUGAUCGAAAUUUUGGUUAAAGAAUGCAUGUGAAAUUCGCGUGGAGGCUUACUGAAGAAUUCAUACGAUAUUGCAUCUUAGGACUACAACACGUACUCUCAAUUCGCGAAAACUUCAAAAAAUGUAAAUUAUCCUGUUAUUUGUAACCUCUAUUUUACUUAAAUAGAAAGUAUGUCAUAUGAGUCCACUAUAAAAUGUUUUAUAUUAUAUGUUAAAUAUUAUGUUCAUAUAUGUCAUAUGAGUUCAUGAGUAUAAAAUGUUAAUCUCGAUGUCGGUAAGAUCUGUAAUCAAAUAACACAUAUGUUGUAACAAUACUCCGUGUAUAUUUAGCGUGUAAACGAUAAUUUGUAAAUUGUGAGUCUAAGGACCGAUUUUUCAAUGAUAGUUUAAACUUAGGUUUCAACUUAAACUCUGUUUAAACAAACGCAUUGUUAGAAAAGAGUUUAAACUUGAAUCCAAAUUUAAACUGCUAUUAAAAAAUCGCCCCUAAGAAAUUCGUUAUUAACUCAUUAAUAUGCACUCACGUGAAUGUAGCUUGUAAAAUAUAUGUUCUACUCAUGCACGUGUAAUAUCACAUGCACGGGUACCGUUCCUGCGCGAGACACACAAAGAGUGUGAAAUAAUUAAUAAAGUUUUAUAUAUAAUCACAUUACUCGCUCUGUGCGCACUGAUGGACAAGUAAAUAAUACCGACAAGAUCUUAAUCUCGACGAUACAUAUAAAGAAGAGUGCAUUUUCAGUUGUAUAUUAAAACCUUUAUUUAUCUCUUUUAGAUUACCGUAUCUUUUCUCUCUCUAUUAUUACCUAACUUACCUGGUUUCUUUUUUUUUUUUUAAGAAAAGCAACGGAAAAUCUCACCUUAUAUUUCAUUAUUUAAACAUGCAAUCGACAUCGAUAUGCUGUAAAUGUUUUACUGGACAUACGACUAUUAACACCUAAUUAAACAAAAGUGAGAUGUUAUUGUUAA